AUGAAUUCUACAACUAAAACUUACACUGUUAUGUGUACAUGUUCAUCAUGUACCAAAAAUGCAGUUGGCAGAAUUUUGCAAAAUGCACAGACCUUUAAGUGUCAUAACAAUGCUGAUAAGUUAUUAGAAAUUGGCCCAAAAAAUCGAGUUAAUACAGAAGUUGUUGAAGAAGAGACAUAUAUUGGGAUGGGAUAUGUAUCUGGUACAUCGAUUGACUAUGAAGACAAUUAUUCUAUUGUAUCAGCCAAAACUACCAUACAGAAUUCUGAUGUUGAGACAUUAUCAUUGGCUUCUGACAAUGACAAUCCUCAUUCAAGCAAUGAGUCUGAAGAUGAGAGCAAAGUUGAAGUUUUCGGUGUUGAGGAUUUUGAAGACAUAGUUGCUUCCAUUGCUUCUUUGCAAUUUCAUGACAUGUCUCAAACAAGCCAAUUCAUGGCUUUAUUUGGUGUUAUCUUUCAGGCAUUUUACUUGGUUCAAGCAAGUGGAACUGCUAUGCUGAAAUUCUUCCUCCAUCUUCUUGUUGUCUUUGAUAAGGAUACUGAUCUCCUUCUCACUGUUGAUGCGUUAAAGAUUAUGACUGGGUUCAAUUUUAUGACAAAAAACAUCGUCAAAUACACUCUUUGCAACAAGUGUUUUGCAAUUUACUUACCAGGCAAUCACAAACCAAAUUGCACAUUCAAAAAAUACACAACUACACCACCAACAUACUGCGGAAAUCCUCUUUUCUUUGACCCAGAAGUUGAUCAGCCCAUCUCUCUCAUGGUUUUCUCAUAUAACUCCCUCAAGAAUUCCAUUGCACAACAUUUCGCCAAACCUGGGUUUGAGCAUCAAAUCGUUCAAUAG